AUGCCUGUAUUGGAGGGAAAGAAAGCCAAAUCAAGAGGAUUUUUCGUUGUGAAUCAAAUCGCUCACCAAUCCAGCAAGCGGAAGUUUAUAGCGAUCAGCAUCAACGGUGUGAAAACCAAACUUCAACUCGAUACAGCAAGCGAUAUCACGGUAAUUUCGAAGCAGACCUGGAACAAUUUGGGUAAACCUGCAAUCAAUAAUCCGACGAUUGAAGCAGUCAACGCAUCAGGUCAGCCACUUAAACUAAUCGGCGAGUUUCAGUGCGAAAUGCAGAUCAGCGGUAAAACCUAUCAAGGAAGAUGUUUCGUCACAACAACUCCAAACCUCAACCUUCUGGGCAUUGAAUGGAUAGAAAUGUUUGGACUAUGGUCAGUUCCCAUCGACUCCAUCUGCAAUCAAGUACAAGUGAAAAGCGAUCAACAAAUUCUUGAAUUCCGAGCGAAGCAUGCAGACAUUUUCAAAGACUCACUUGAACACUGCAAGAAAAUGACGGUAAGGCUUUUUCUAAAAUCAAAUUCCAAACCGAUUUUCUGUCCAAAACGACCUGUUCCUUUCAAUACGAUAUCAUUGGUUGAUGCCGAGCUUACGCGACUGCAAUCGCUGGGCAUCAUUGAUCCAGUCGACUUCUCCGAGUGGGCCGCUCCUAUCGUGGCAGUGCGCAAACCUAAUGGAAAAGUUCGCAUCUGCGCGGACUAUUCAACUGGGCUUAACGAAGCACUGGAAGCUAAUCAUUUUCUGCUUCCUACUCCAGAGGAAAUUUUCGCCCAACUUAAUAGCAGCACCGUUUUUAGCAUCAUCGAUCUCUCAGACGCAUAUCUACAACUUGAAGGUGAUGAAGAAUCAAAAAAGCUUCUCACCAUCAAUACGCAUCGUGGUUUGUUCCGAUUUAAUCGUCUUGCUCCAGGAGUGAAGUCAGCUCCGGGAGCAUUUCAACGCUUGGUCGAUGGAAUGAUCGCGGACAUACCAGGAGUUCGCUCUCUCAUCGACGCCGUCAUCGUGUUUGAGAAGGAUAUGAAGUCGCAUACAGCAUCACUCAAUCAGCUUUUUCAAUGA